AUGGACCUGGAGGAGAAGACUCCCACCAAUCUAGACGUGAAGCAGUGGAAACAAAAGUACCUGAAAGCUAUUCAGGCCAAUGACGCCCAGGAGGUUCUGUGGAUUCUCCAAACCAGCGGGCUUCACAUCGACAAUGUGCUGGAGGUGGACGACCCCGGGAUGGUGCUGGCCUCAUACAAGCAAGGACACUGGUUGCCGGACUAUAAGCUGGAGAAGUCCUGGGCCAUGGGGAUCCACCUGUGUGUGCUGUAUAAUGCUCUGGAUGCAGCCAUGGUCCUGCUGGAACACGGCACCGCCAUAAACGCGAUGCCCGAUGGGAAGACGGCCCUGCACGUAGCAUGUGACACUUCCAACAGUGACUUUGUGGCCCUGCUGCUGGCUUACGGGGCCAGGGUCAACAUCCUGUCCGUGAGUGGCCACACACCUCUUCAUCGCUGCGUCACCAAAGAGUCGGUGGAGUGCGCCAAGCUGCUCCUUCUUAAAGGUGCAAGAGUCAACAAAGCAGCUGAUACAGAUGAUAAAGAGACGCCUCUUCACAGAGUAGCAAGAUUUGGCCUUCCUGAACUGGUUUCUCUCUACCUGGAACACGGAGCUUCAGUAAACGCUGUCAACUCCACGCUGAAGACGCCGCUAAUGACGGCAGCUUUUUGGGCUUUCGACCAAAAAGAUCAGGUCUACAGCGAGGACCAUCGACUAGUCUGUCGUAUCCUGUUGGACCAUGGAGCAGACCCACUCCUCCGAGACAUAGACCAUAAAACGGCCCUACACAGAGCCGCCUGGAACUUCGACCAGGUGGUGAUGCAGAUGCUGCUGGAGGCCGGAUCAGACACUCGAGCCAUGGACAUCAACGCCUGCGUGCCCCUUCAGUACCUUCUCAGGAUGACGGACAGGAGACUGACGGUGGAUCCGGAAGUCUGCUAUCUGCUGCUGCUCAACUACAACGCCGCCAGAAUCUACCCGCCGCAGUUUCACAUGGUCCUGCAGUACUGCCACUACUUCCCCAAAGUGGUUGAAAUCUUGGUGAACUGCUAUCCUCACCUGAUGCGCACGAGCCGAUGGAGACCUGCUAUUCCUGACGACUGCUACACGCGACACAGAGCGUUCUAUGACUCCAUGUUUGCUGUCUGCUCGAACAGGCCUCGCAGCUUGCAGCACCUGGCCAGAUGUGCCAUCAGAGCCAGUUUAGGAGGCUUCUGCCAAAAUAGCGUCCCGCAGCUUCCUCUGCCGUCCGCCAUUAAGAGAUAUGUAUUGCUCUAUCCUGAAGGUAUUCUCUACUAACAGACUGGGUUCAGUAGUAAAU